AUGGGUAUAUCACGGCGUCCCAAGAACAAAGCUGCCCAGCAUGCCCAAUCGGGAGCAUCGGGCGUCCAGGGCGGCGGCAGUGCGAAGCCCAAAAAGGCCACCUUUGAGGUGGCCAAGAAGAAGGAAAUUGGCGUUUCCGACUUGACCCUCCUCAGCAAGGUCUCCAACGAAGCCAUCAACGACAACCUCAAGAAGCGCUUCGAAGGCGCCGAAAUCUACACGUACAUCGGCCAUGUCCUGGUAUCCGUCAACCCCUUCCGCGACCUGGGCAUCUACACCGACCACGUCCUCGACAGCUACAAGGGAAAGAACCGUCUCGAGAUGCCCCCUCACGUCUUUGCCAUCGCCGAGUCCGCCUACUACAACAUGAAGGCUUACAAGGACAACCAGUGCGUCAUCAUAUCGGGCGAGUCUGGCGCCGGCAAGACUGAGGCUGCCAAGCGCAUCAUGCAAUACAUUGCCAGUGUCUCUGGCGAGCAGUCGGGUGACAUCAAGAAAAUCAAGGAAAUGGUGCUGGCCACAAACCCCUUGCUCGAGUCGUUCGGCAACGCAAAGACGCUGCGGAACAAUAACUCGUCGCGGUUCGGAAAGUACCUCCAGAUCCACUUCAACUCGGCAGGCGAACCGGUCGGGGCCGACAUCACAAACUAUCUGCUCGAGAAGACGCGCGUCGUCGGCCAAAUAACCAACGAGAGGAACUUCCACAUCUUCUACCAGUUCACCAAGGGGGCUUCGCGGCAGUACCAGGAGCGUUUUGGCAUCCAACGUCCCGAGACCUACGUCUAUACCAGCCGCUCCAAAUGCUUCGACGUCGACGGCAUCGACGAUGUAGCCGACUUCCAGGACACCCUCAACGCCAUGAGCGUUAUUGGUCUGAGCCAGUCCGAGCAGGACGACAUCUUUCGCAUGCUCGCUACUAUCCUGUGGAUCGGCAACAUCCAAUUCCAGGAAGACGACAAUGGCUACGCCGCUGUCGCUGACCAGUCGGUGGUGGAUUUUGCCGCAUACCUCCUCGAAGUGACGCCCGAACAGCUAAUCCACGCCAUCACGAUCCGCAUCCUGACCCCUCGCAGCGGCGAAGUAAUCGAGUCCCCUGCUAACCCCGCCCAGGCCUCUGCCUCGCGCGAUGCCCUGGCCAAGGCCAUCUACAACAAUCUUUUUGACUGGAUCGUGGAGCGCAUAAACAAGUCUCUCAAGUCUCGACAGGCGACGGCCAAUUCGGUCGGGAUACUGGACAUAUACGGCUUCGAAAUCUUCGAGAAGAACAGCUUCGAGCAGCUGUGCAUCAACUACGUCAACGAAAAGUUGCAGCAAAUCUUCAUCCAGCUUACCCUCAAGACAGAACAGGAGGAAUAUGCCAGGGAGAAAAUCCAGUGGACUCCCAUCAAGUACUUCGACAACAAGGUCGUGUGCGACCUCAUUGAGCAAAUCAGGCCCCCCGGCGUCUUUUCGGCCAUGAAGGAUGCCACCAAGACGGCACAUGCUGAUCCCGCCGCAUGCGACCGGACCUUUAUGCAGAGCAUUAAUGGCAUGUCUCACGCUCACCUGACCCCCCGUCAGGGCAACUUCAUCAUCAAGCACUACGCUGGAGAAGUUUCCUACACCGUCGAGGGAAUUACCGACAAGAACAAGGACCAGCUCCUCAAAGGGCUUCUCAAUCUUUUCCAGCACAGCGGAGUCCAAUUUGUACAUACAAUCUUCCCUCACCAGGUCGACCAGGACAACCGUAAACAGCCGCCCUCGGCCGGAGAUCGGAUCCGCGCUUCGGCCAACGCCCUGGUGGAGACGCUCAUGAAGUGCCAGCCAUCAUACAUCCGGACCAUCAAGCCUAAUGAGAACAAGUCGCCCACUGAAUACAACAGCCCCAACGUGCUUCACCAAAUCAAGUACCUGGGUCUCCAAGAAAACGUCCGGAUUCGACGAGCCGGGUUCGCCUACCGGCAAGCCUUUGACAAGUUUGUCGACCGCUUCUUUCUUCUGUCGCCCGCCACGUCGUAUGCAGGCGAGUACACCUGGCAAGGUUCGUACGAGGAUGCCGUCAGGCAGAUCCUCAAAGAUACGAGCAUCCCCAAAGAAGAGUGGCAGCUUGGCGUUACAAAGGCUUUCGUCAAGGCACCCGAGACCCUGUUUGCCCUGGAGCACAUGAGAGACCGAUACUGGCACAACAUGGCAACCCGCAUCCAAAGAAUGUGGCGAGCCUAUCUCGCGUAUCGAGCAGAGUCCGCGACACGGAUACAGCGUAUGUGGAGGAAGAAGCGAACCGGGGCCGAGUUCCUGCAGCUUCGUGACAAGGGCCACCGGAUCCUCCAGGGACGCAAGGAAAGGAGGCGCAUGAGUCUGUUGGGCUCUCGCAGGUUCCUCGGCGACUACCUGGGCGCCAACGCCACCACUGGCCACGGCGCGCAGAUUCGCAACGCUGCGGGCAUAGGAUCCAACGAGCGGGCCAUCUUCUCUUGCCGUGGCGAGAUGCUCGAGGCCAAGUUCGGCCGGUCCAGCAAGCCGAGUCCCCGCACCAUCAUCAUCACCAGCAGCAAAUUUUACAUCAUCGCCCAGCUGCUUGUCAACGGCCAGCCGCAGAUCUCCGUCGAGAGGGCCGUUCCCCUUGGCUCCAUCAAAUUCAUCGGGACUUCUACGUGCCAGGAUGACUGGUUCUCGCUCGGAGUCGGAUCGGCACAGGAGCCCGAUCCCCUACUGAGCUGCGUCUUCAAGACUGAAAUGUUCACCCAGAUGCAGCGUGUGAUGCCCGGCGGAUUCAACCUCAAGGUUGGCGACGUGAUUGAGUACGCCAAGAAGCCGAAUAAGAUGCAGCAGGUCAAAGUCUUGAAAGACUCGCAGCAGCGAGCCGACUUUUACAAGAGCGGCGCUGUCCACACCCACCAAGGAGAACCCCCCAACUCGGGAUCGAGGCCAAUGCCAAAAACCAAGCCAGUACCCCCGAGGCCGAUUACACGGGGCAAACUCAUCAAGCCGGGCGGAGCUGGCGCAGCCCGAGCCGUGCCUCAGCCCCCCGCCGUGCUCAGCGCCGCAGCGGGUGCCCCUGCCGCAGCGAGCGCCGCCGCAGCUCAGCGACCCCUUGCAAACCACACGAGAAACCAGAACACUCCGCCUUCUACCCCGGCAAAGGUCACGGCCAAGGUGCUCUAUGAUUUUGCCGGCCAAAGGGAGAACGAGCUGUCCAUCCGUGCGGGGGAGAUACUUGAAAUUGUGCAAAAAGAAAACAACGGAUGGUGGCUGGCGAAAAACGCUCAAAAACAGGCCUGGGUUCCAGCGGCGUACGUGGAGGAACAGGCAGCAGCUCCGGUCCCCGCUCCUCGACCACCCCCGCCUCCGCCGUCGGCCAAGGCAAAGCCGCCGGCCCCGCCUGCGAAGCGACCGGCGGCCGGACGCAAGCCGGUCGACUUGGGACAGCGAGACUCGGGCAUGAGCCUGAACGGCGCCAGCGGCUCCGAGGGUAGCCGCAGCACAACGCCAACGCCCAGUCUGGCUGGCAGUUUAGCAGACGCUCUCCUGGCACGUAAAAAUGCCAUGCAAAAGGGUCGGGAGGAUGAUGACUGGUAA